GGAGAGAAAGGGAGUUAGAGGAGGGGAGGGUGAUUCCCAAAUAAACCAACACGCAGCUUCACUCUCGCUGCUUUGAGAAGGUAACAAAGUAUCCUCGUAAACUGUAUCAAAAAAAGGAUGGACGGUAACGGCGGAGGGCAAGAAAAAUGUGGUCGAUAACACUUUAUCCCGAGGGUUUUGACGACUGAUGUGGACAGGUGAUGUAAAAAUACGGUACCAUGUGAAUGGUUGAGGAACAUGAAGCCUGCACACAAACUACUGUUCGUCGUGUGUCCCAUGCUGGUCUUGGGGUUCAUCUACUACUCUUCUGGGAAGCUCCAUUUACACGUAUGGGGCCAGAAGCCACAUAAAGAUGUGGAGUCCACAGUAAAUGUCAGUAAAGUCACUAGUGUUACUGUCAGAUCCACAGUGACAAAAGAGCCGGUGGCGGAAGGCGCAGUCUCCGUGGGACGAAUAGUAGGCUCAGUGUUUGACAAGCAAGGGUUCAUGCUGAAUCUGGACACAAAGCUGCCUCUGGAUCUGGCGUACAAGUAUGGAAACCUCAGUGAAGGAGUCUGCAAACCUGGCUAUGCAGCUGCCAAAAUGACUGCUAUCUAUCCAAAGUUUAGUAAGCCAGCUUCUAUGUUUUUGGACCGAAACUUUAAGAGGCUUGCAAAAGUGAUCAACUAUUUACCUCCAUUUGGAUUCAGAACACAAGAAAGAAUCAUAGAUGUUAUAUUAUCCGCCACAAAGAAUUAUGGACUGGGUCCAGAAUUGGAUAGUUUGACUUGUAAAAGAUGUAUCAUAGUGGGUAAUGGUGGUAUCCUUAGCAACAAGUCUUUAGGAUUCCGCAUUGACGAAUAUGAUGUUGUGGUAAGACUCAACGAAGCCCCAGUGAGCGGUUAUACUAGAGACGUAGGUAGUAAGACCACCAUGAGGAUUACCUACCCUGAGGGGGCCAUCCAGAAGCCCGAGCGAUACGAGAAAGAUUCGCUCUUUGUCUUCUCUGCUUUCAAACCUCUCGACUUUAAAUGGCUGAGACAGAUGGUCUACAAAGAGAAACUGCAAGGAACAGAGGGAUUCUGGAAGUCUGUAGCGCGAUACGUUCCCCGGGAACCCUCAGAAAUACGAAUCCUGAACCCUUACUUUAUACAAGAGGCUGCCUUCCAGUUUAUUGGCCUUCCACAGAACAAUGGCCUCAUGGGUAAAGGGAACAUUCCAACGUUGGGCACCGUUGCCAUAACAAUGGCCCUGCAUAACUGUGAUGAGGUCGCUGUUGCUGGAUUUGGCUAUGACAUGAACACCCCACAUGCACCCUUGCACUACUACGAAUCAGUCAAAAUGUCUGCCAUUAAAGAGUCAUGGACUCACAACAUCUCAAAGGAAAAGGAAUUUCUCCGAAAGUUGGUGAAGGCCAACAUCAUCACAGAUUUAACCAAUGGGAUUUGAACCUCCCAAGGUGGGUGCCUUUCUAGGAGGACUCGGGACGUCCUGGGAGCCGCUGAACCAGACAACAGUGAGAAGCGAGAAUUCAGAAGUGGGAGCGAUGGCUCAGUUAAGAUGCACACGUGCCUUCUAAACCGACAGGCUUCCUCUGAGCGGGAUGUUGAAGGCUUCUUGAAUGUCUCAGGAGAAAAUCCUUGAUGGAGUGUUGGAGGAAGGAAGACAUCAGACUUUGAAGUGACCGCCACAAACAGCGCUUGAGGAACAAGUCGCAACAGUAACUGAUUGUGCCAAAUGUACCUCUAUCAGAGGAGAUGCCCCCUCCUCUCCUGCCUGAAUGUAUUAACGGUGUAAAUAUCAAAGAUUUUUACAGUGCAUUUUAUCAGACUGCUACGGCCCCUGGGGUCCUGCCUUCACACGCGGUUCUCCGUCCAGUGCACUCAGUGCGUAUCCUUGCCCCAGUGUGUGGAAGGGCAGAGGCAGGUCUUUUGAUUCAGCCCUUCACCUGAGCACAGGAGGCUCUUUAUCUCCUGAAUGUGAGCUUAUUAUGUUAAAGCUUCUUUUGUAGGGGAAAAGGAGCUCAGUCUCUAAGUUAUUUAUUUUGGUGCACAAAUGAAGGCCUUUGUUUUGUGUGUGUGCGUGCGUGCGUGUGUGUUUUUUUGAAGCCCCAUUUCCAAAAUGACUCUUGUUUUCAAUACCCAUCACCACACUUUCCUUUAGGAGUACCUAUUAGGGAUGCACUGAUGCCCUUUUCAAUUCCAAGACUUGAAUUUCUGAUAUUGGCCGCUACCUCACUUCGUUAAUAAUUGAUAGGGCAGUUGAUUUAAAAAGUGAUGUGUAAUGUAGUAAUAUAUGUAGUAAUGUUUCGCUAUUCUAGGCUUACCGGGCAAUGAAGGAUACGACAGAUGAAUAAUACACUAUUUAAAUACAAGUAUUGUUUCGGUUUAUUCUAAUAUCUAAGAAUGGCAGUAUUAAAAACCCAAACAAAUGACAAUUUACGAAAUAAAACGCCCUUUUUCUUUUCUUUCUUUUUGAUGUGUCUGUAAAUGGACCAAGAUAAUCACAUUUACACAUAUUGUGAACCCUGUGUUCUUUUUUAAGCUGCUUAACAUCCCUGUAAUGCCAGUUCCAAAAUAGUCCACUACAAACAUUACUGCCGCUGCUACAGUUGAUAUAAGAUGAGAUCAAUACAUGAGCCGCGGUCACACUACACUUAUCACCGUAAAUAAUUACAAUUAUACGCAUGCGAAUGUGGCAGACCAGAAACGCAAGUACAGUUGAAGUCAGGAUUAUUAGCCCCCCUUUGAAUUGUUUUUUCUUUUUAAAAUAUUUCCCAAAUAAUGUUUAACAGAACAAGGAAAUUUUCACAGUAUGUCUGAUAAUAUUUUUUCUUUUGGAGAAAGUCUUCUUUGUUUCAUUUUCUGCUAGAAUAAAAGCAGUUUUUGAUUUGUUUAAAAACAUUUGAAGGUCAAUAUUAUUAGCCCCUUAAGCGAUAUUUUUUCAAUAGUCUACAGAACAAACCAUCCUUAUACAAUAACUUGCCUAAUGACGCUAACCUGCCUAGUUAACCUAAUUACCCUAGUUAAGCCUUUAAAUGUCACUUUAAGCUGUAUAGAAGUGUCUUGAAAAAUAUCUAGUCAAAUAUUAUUUACUGUCAUCAUGACAACGAUAAAAUAAGUCAGUUAUUAGAAAUGAGUUAUUGAAACUAUUAUGUUUAGAAAUAGGUUGAAAGAAAUCUUCUGUCCAUUAAACAGAAAUUGGGGAAAAAAUAAACAGAAAAAUAAAUGGGGGGCUAAUAAUUCUGACUUCAACUGUAUGUGCCACAACAUUCGCAUUUCAAUGUGGUUGAAAGUUCAAGCUUGGUGAACUCUGACCUGCGAAAUCGCAUCAAAUGAUUGCAUUAGACCAGGGAUUCUCAACCAUGUUCUUGGAGGACCACCAGCUCUGCACAUUUUCCAUGGCUGUUUUUUAAUUCCAAGAAUGCAGAGAACGAACUUUUGUUCUCGUGGAGAGCGGUAUUGGCAAGUGACCUCAGAAGAAAGAACUUGGGAGACCACGAGAAUGCACAACACGUCCUGUGAGAAAUGAGAUGCUGCGUUCUUCCUGAUGGUCACGUGACCUUCAUGUAUUUUUAACUUAAAUUUAUAUAAACAGUGAUUUAUUGAUCCAAAAACAUGCAGUGUUGGUGGACCUCCAGGAACGUGGUUGAGAAACCGUGCUAAACCAAUAGAUGAUCAAAACAUAACCGUUUAAUCCCGCUUCUGUUUGCAGCGCCGUACAACAGCAUGUUGCAAGCACAAACUCUACUGUGACUGCGGCAUACUGUAAGAUGGUUAGUCCAAUUCAACAGUUCUGGGUGCAGCCUUCAUGUGGCCUUUUAAAGGGACAUUUCAGCCAAAAAUGACAUUUCUGUCAUUUACUCACUCUUGUUGCAAACCCUAAGGAAUUUCGUUAUUCUGUUAAACACUUUCAUCCGCUUUUCAAGAGUUCACACUUAGAUAAUGCACGACUAUGAUAGCAGGUUUGGCAUGCUUUCCCGGGAGAGAACCCUGAGCUCGGAGAUAGAUGAGCCUAAGGUUCCCGCCUGGUCAAUGAGCAUUAGGAGGGAUACGAGAUCAGGAGUUUCUCGAGUGCCCCCUUUUGCUAUGUAUGCGUUAAGUGCUUGUGACUGUAUUACGAUUCACUUAUGUACAUGUUUUUAGACUGUGGGAGGAAACCGGAGGACCCGGAGAAAACCCACACAAACACAAGGAGAACAUGCAAACAUCACGCAGGGAGUGCCGACUGGGUCAAUUAGAACUUGAACCUGUGGCCUUCUUACUGCGAGGCAGCAGUGCUAACCACUGAGCCACCGUGUUGCCCGAUCAUGAAAAAGGAGGAGGAAGAAAGGAAGGAUGGGGGGCGGGGGUUUCCAAAAACGAAGAUAAGGAAUGAAGUUUAGGCAGGAUAUUUAUAGUAGUUUUAGAAUGAUCUGAUAGGCUAGCUAAUGGUUAGCAAUGAGGAUCAGCUGUAGUCAAUCAUAUCACAUGCUUCUCUCGAAAUUAGUUUGUAAAACUUCACUUAAAGUUAUGUCGUAUUGGUGACAUAUGGAAUACUGUUUCCGCGUCCAAGCCGCUACUCAUUUGAAUUAAGAAAAUACUCGUUUAUGACCUCAAUAGACACCAGUAUUUUAACAAUUUGUUUAAAAAUAAUCACUCUCUGGCCAUCAGAUAUUAGGCAUGGAAAUAUACAGUUAGGUCCAUAAAUAUUUGGACAUCGACACAAUUCUAACAUUUUUGGCUCUCUACACCAACACAAUGGAUUUGAAAUGAAUUUAACAAGAUCUGCUUUAACUGCAGCUUUAAUUUGAGAGUAUUUACAUCCAAAUCAGGGUAACGGUGUAGGAAUUACAACAGUUUGCACAUGUGCCUCCCACUUGUUAAGGGUCCAAAAAUAAUUGGAGAAUUGGCUUCUAAGCUGUUCCAUGGCAUGAUAUUCCCCCAUUAUCCCAAUUACAAUGAGCAGUGAAGACCAUGGAAACAACUGUGGUGGAUGACCAAGGAAUUCUUUCCUGGCGAAGAAAGCACCCUUCACAACAGUUGGCCAGAUCAAUAACACUAUCCAGGAAGUAGGUGUAUGUGUGUCAGAGUCAACAAUCAAGAGAAGACUUCACCAGAGUGAAUACAGAGGGUUCACCACAACAUGUAAACCGUUGGUGAGCCUUAAAAACAGGAAGGCCAGAUUAGAGUUCUAAAAAAGCCUUCACAGUGCUGGAACAACAUCCUAUGGACUGAUGAGAUCAAGAUCAACUUGUGGCAGAGUGAUGAGAAGAGAAGAGUUUGGGGAAGGAAAGAAACUGCUCACGGUCCUAAUCAGUGAAGCAUAGUGCUAAAGCAUAUUGCUAAUUGAGACAUGGUGUGGGCAUGACCCACAUACUGCAAAUACUGCAUACUGCAUUACUGCAAAAGCAACCAAAGAGUUUUUGAAGGAAAUUAAGUGAAAAUGUUAUGCAAUGGCCAAGUCAAUCACCUGAACUUAAUUCAAUUGAGCAUGCAUUUUACUUGCUGAAGGGAAAAUGCCCCAAGUACAAGGAAGAACUGAAGACAGUUGCUUGUAGAGGCCUGGCAGAGCAUCACCAAGAAUGAAACCCAACAUCUGGUGAUGUCAAUGUGUUCCAGAUUUCAGGCUGUAAUUCACUGCAAAGGAUUUGCAACCAAGUAUUAAAAAGUGAAAGUUUGAUUUAUGAUUAUUAUUCUGUCCAGUUACUUUUGGACCCUUAACAAGUGGGAAGCACGUAUGCAAACUGUUGGAAUUACUACACCGUUCAUCUGAUUUGGAUGUAAAUGCUCUAAAAUUAAAGCUGACAGUCUGCAGUUAAAGCAGAUCUUGUUCGUUUCAUUUCACAUCCAUUGUGUUGGUGUAUAGAGUCACAAAUGCUAGAAUUGUGUCUGUGUCCAAAUAUUUAUGGAGAUAACUGUAUAUAUUGCGAAGGUGAUUUUCGAAUGUAUGAGAAUGCUUUGUAAACGUUUAUUGAUACCUUUUGUCGAGUCUCCCCAUAAAGUUUGAUAUAGCUUUUGGAUCAACAGAUUCUUCUUUAAAAUAUCUUCUUUUGUGUUGAGAAGACAGAACUUAUAAAGGUUUGGAAGCACUUGAUUGUAAGUAGUCAAUUCUCAUUUUUGGGUCGACAUUCAUUUUAAUAUUCCAGUCUGUGUCCCUCAAAGCACCAAGAACCACAACAUUCAGAAACCGCAAUAAACUUCAGAGAAAUAAUCCACAUAAUACUGUAUGUCCAACAUUGGGAAUCUGAGAAGUCGAUGUUGUCCAUUGAGAUUGCACACACAAACAUAGUCUAGCUCUUUUAUAUACAGUAGGCUGCAGGAUAUUGAGGCUGUCCAGUGGCUUUAAUAAACGUAUGAUAAAAACUAGCAUGUUUUUGUUUUACUUGACGUUGGAUUACACACAGUAUCAGAUCAUUCCCUUCUGACUGACACCUGACCAAAAAUGACUAUGGUUGCUGAAACAAUCCAGGUAUCGAAUCAGUGCAUCCCUAGUAUCUAUUCAGACAGGCCUCAAAAUCACCCAACAUUAUGGUACACUGCCAUCCUGUAUUCUGCCACUACCCUCAAAAGGCAGCAUGUUGAAACCAGUACACUAAGAAUUUCAUUUUUUAGUCAAUACAUUUCAAGAUUAGAGCUGUCACAUUUAUUUACAAAAUAUAUUUUGUAUUGUACUACUAAAAAUUUUUUAAAGGCCAUUUUAAGGAUUACUUGUUUCAGUGCAUUAUAGAUUUUGCUGCAGCAGACUGAAAGCCACCAUUGCACUAUAGCCAACAGAGUUCAUAAUGCUCCACCACACAGCAGACAUGUUCACUACACCUGGUACUCGCCUCAUUCUGACUGCCUGAAACAUAUCAGAAGAGUUCUUUGCCCUCGUAGAAUGAAGCAUUUUUACUGUGCAGUAUGACACCAAUCAGCAUUAUUAUGAUGAUCGUUUGGAGUUAGAAGGAAAUAAGAAAGUAUUGUUUCUUUUAUUAUAUAUAAAUAUAUAUAAUAUAAAUAUAUCUUCAAGUUGUAAUAAAAUAAAUGUGUUGGGCAGUUUUCGCCCUAAAUUGAA